AUGUCUAUCGCUAUCUCCACCACAAAUUACAAAGCGAUAAUCUUUGACUUGGGAGGAGUCUGUGUUGGUUCACCUAUGCAAGGCAUCUCUAAAUAUGAAAAAGAACAUGGGUUGCCUCCAAACUAUAUUAAUGUAGCAAUUGUGAAAAGAGGCGAGAACGGCGCGUUUCAACGCUUUGAACGCGGUGAACUCUUAAUUCCCAAAUUUUACGAGAUAUUCGGCAAUGAGCUCUCAGAUCCGAUCAAUAAAGAGUACUAUCAACAAUAUCUUAGUUCACGCAAUGGUGGAAACAAUUCAUCACCAUCCUCUUCAAAAAUACCAUCAAUAACCGUCGACGGCAAACUAUUAUUUCGAUACAUGAUAUCCGAGACAUUAAUAAUAGAUCCGACAGUUUUUUACGCGUUAAAAUGUCUCCGCGCCAGUAACAAGUAUAAAAUUGCCGCUUUAACAAAUAAUUUUCCUGCGCCUGUACACGAAGUGGAUCGAAAAGAAGUGGCGGCUUGGGGAAGAGGAGGAGAAGGAGGUGUGCCAACGCCUAUUGAGGAAUUGUAUGAGAUGUUUCAUGUGAUUGUAGAGUCGAGUGUUGUUGGAUUGAGAAAACCAGAUCCAAAAAUAUUUUUAUUGGCCUGUGAACAAUUGAAAGUUAGUCCGAAGGAAGCUAUUUUUCUCGAUGAUAUUGGAAUAAAUCUAAAAUCCGCUAAAAAUCUAGGAAUGAAAACAAUUAAAGUAGAGCUUGGAAAAUCAGCAGAGGCAAUCAGACAAUUGGAAGCAAUUGUUGGGUUACUACUAUUUGAACAAAAAAAGAAUGUAUCACUGUUAUAA